UAUUAAUCUGAUCAUUAAACAUUUUUUUCAGCUGAGAAAUGAAAUAUAAAGGGAACUUGACCAUGCUGCUAUACUACAGAUCUCGUGUUAGACUGUGUCCAGGCUUGUCACUAUUCAGAAUGAUGGCCAAAUAUAUUGCAUUGACUGUAACGGCGAUGUUGGCAGUGGCAUGUGUGGCGUCGCCUCUCUUUGAAGACACACCGACAAACACAGAAGUCACGCAACUCUCCCCACAGGCUCCUGAGGCACGGGUGAAGCGGGCCGUGCCUUUACCUGAGGAUCAGCGAGAGUUCAUAUCCCGGCAGAUUUUACAGGCGCUGUCAGAGAUCAUUCAACGAGAGGACUGUAUCACCGACUAUCAAGGUUGGGUCGAUUUUGGACGUCGGAGUACAGAAUGAAAACACCUGACUGCAAAGCAAUGUAUG